AUGAACUGGUCCUCAUACCAAGAACUCCUGAGUGGCGUGAACAAGUACUCCACAGUGUUGGGGCGUGUGUGGCUCACUGUGAUCUUCGUCUUCCGUUUCCUUGUCUAUGUGGUGGCAGCUGAGGACGUCUGGUCUGAUGACCAACAUGACUUUGUGUGUAACACACUUCAGCCUGGCUGCACCAAGAGCUGCUACAACCAAUUCUUCCCCAUCUCCCACAUACGUCUCUGGGCCCUCCAGCUUAUCCUUGUGACCUGCCCUUCCCUUCUGGUUCUCAUGCAUGUGGCCUAUCGGGAAGCGAAGCAGCAGAGGCACAUUGAAGAAGCAGGAGAACACUGCCAGCUGCUCUACUCCAACCUCAGUAAGAGACAUGGAGGCCUCUGGUGGACCUACCUCCUCAGCAUCUUCAUCAAGGUGGCCGUAGAUCUCACCUUCCUCUAUAUCUUCCACUGCCUCUACCCCAACUUCAACCUCCCAUCAAUGGUGCAGUGUGCUGCAUACCCCUGUCCCAAUAUAGUCACCUGCUUCGUUGCUAAGACAACAGAAAAGAAGAUCUUUUCAUAUUUCAUGGUGGCAGCUGCUGUCUUCUGUGUCAUUCUCAAUAUCUGUGAAAUGGCCUACAUAGUAGUCAAGAAAUGCACCAAGCUUGCGGUCUCCAAGAAGCCAAUAGACGUGUUUGAAACAGAAGCGCACAUCUCCAUUCAGGAGAGAAGGCCGGUUGCCCGGGGGCUGAGAGCCAAUGGUGCCGACCUGCUCUAUCGGACAC